AUGCAUCUCUCAACAUUGACACCGGCGCUCAUCUUCCUCCGUCUCGCCGCCGCACAAACGGUAGUAACAACAAUCACCCAGGCCCCGCCGAGGCCGACCGCCGAGCCGGAAUGGAACUCGGACGACACCUUCACCUCCGCCGUGCUCAACAGCACGAACCACUACCGGGAGCAGCACAACGCCUCGGACGUCUCCUGGAACGACACCCUCGCCGACUUCGCAAACGACUACCUCGACGGCAUGGGCGACUGCGACUGGGAGCACUCGGGCGGCCCCUACGGCGAGAACCUCGCAAAGGGGUACGCCGACGUGACGCUCAGCGUCGAGGCCUGGGGCGAGGAGCGCGACGAUUAUGACUUCGACGACGCCGAGUUCAGCGAGGAGACGGGCCACUUCACGCAGCUCGUGUGGAAGAACACGACGGACGUCGGGUGCGGGCGGAAAUUGUGCGGCGACAAUGCGUGGUAUCUUGUGUGCGAGUACUGGCCGAGAGGAAAUGUGGUUGGCCAAUUCGAGGAAGCAGUGCAGGAGGAGGUGAGUCUUGGCGCGAGGAGAUCGCCUGGGCUGAUGCUGGCAUUGUUUGUUGCUGGAGGUUUUACGAUGUGGGUCACGGCAUAA